AUGGACGAGCUGCUUUUCUACAACUCAGUUGGUGACCCCUCCAAAAAACAUUCUACCUCGUUUGGGUUUUUGUCUAGUAUUCAUUCGUCGCAACAUAUUGGUCAAUAUCGCCAAUGUUACUCGAACGUUAACGGCACAGCACUCACUGGGGUUGGUGGUGAGCACAAGGUUAUUGUCGCGUGCAAAGGCAAGGCACUCAUUCAGGUAUACUUACACGGAAAGGAGUCGCCCGAACAGACUAUCCCUUUGCCAGAAGAAAUCAGCUGUCUCGAAAUCUUUCCACAUCCAGAUUCUCAAAGAUCGUGGCUUUUGGUUGCAGGAGCAGUGAGCGGUCGCUUAUACGUCUGGGAACUUGACUCUGGCCUUCUUCUCACAGUGAAAGAGAGCCAUUAUCAGUCUGUGGGAGUGAUUAAGUGCUCUAAAGGAUAUAUUGUGAGUGGAGGAGCAGACUCCAGAAUUGUCGUUUGGAAAGUUUUGGAUAUUCUUUCCGACUCCCAUAAACCCUAUGCUAUAUUCACUGAUCAUACUCUACCAAUUACUGACAUAUGUAUAAGUUCUGGGCUCAUUAAUGACAUGAAAUUGUGGUCUGUCUCCACAGACCAGACUGUGCGCUGCUACGAUUUGACCUCUUUGGCUUUGGUUACAACGUUCGUCGCACAGCACCCCAUCCAGUCCAUUGCAGCAGACCCGGCAUUCAGAUGUCUAUAUAUUGGACUAGCCAACGGAACCAUUCGGAUGAUAAAUCUGUUUCAAGCAUCUCCACAAACACAGAUAUGGGAGCAAGUUGGUGGUUUUGGCAAAAUCAUCACCUUGAAAGACGACACAGACCUGCGCGAAACCUUCACUAACCAUCAGAUUGGAGAAAACCCAGUGACCAAAGUUGCAGUUUCGUUCGAUGGCACACAAAUUGUCAGUGGCGACAGCAACGGAAAAGUGUUGGUUUUGGACGUGGCCACGAAACAAACUGUGCGCACCUUGAAACAGCUUGCUGGGCCUGUCUCAAAUCUAAAACUAUUUAGACUGGAGGCUAAUGUUGUGAACAAUUCUGCACUGAAGACUGCUGUGCGAACAAUUCCCGUCCUCAAAAGAAAUCUUGUGGAGGAUUCAGACCUCCAAAAGCAUGAGGUUCAUAGAAAAUUCACUGACUCUCAAAGUGUUCAACAACUUAACCUUGAAAACUUCUUAGACACUGUUAAAUCAGAACAGAGGUGGUUCUCUAAUUUCACUGGAGUUGACUCGACUGUCAAGCAAACUAAAGAGAAUGUGAGAUCCGAGUUGGAAGAGCUGAAAGAGUCUUAUGCAAGCAUGAAAUCCAAGUAUGAUGCACUCUAUGACGAACACUCCAAGCUUUUAAUGAAUAGUAAAUAG